CAAUAAUACGAUAUUAUUUAUUAGCAACGAUUGGGCUUAUCACUAAGGGUUAAGAAGAGUUAAUGUAUUAUAACGACCAAUGCCACCAUACUACCCGUUGUAACGUGAUCUAAUGAUCAGCCAGUUUGUGUGGCAUUACAUCAUACUCAUAGUAAAUCGAUUAAAAGCCAUUUCGCUGGUACUGGUAGGAAGGUAUCUGAAUCGUUCAUAGAAAAUCCAUUAUGAAUUGUACAUUAAUACAACCCGUGAAGUCCGCGAAACAGAUCUGGGAAAACUCGAUGCCAGAAGAUGAUCCAAACAGUAACUCUGAUACACUUCAAAACAACAGUGCAAUUCCCAGGUGGGGACCGAACCAUGCAGGAGCUAAAGAACUGGCUAGCUAUUAUACUAGAGGAAAACGACUCCAGGAAAUAAUUUCAGUUGUGAGCUGUUUAUCAUUAAUUAUUAUAAACUUCUCUUACCUGCUCUACUAUUUUCAGCCAAGUAAAUGGAGCUAUUUCUUGAUAGCCGCUUUGAGUGGUAUUAUUACAGCAGAUUUCUUGAGUGGACUAGUACACUGGGCAGCUGAUACCUGGGGAUCUGUGCAACUUCCAUUAAUUGGCAAGGCAUUUAUCAGACCUUUCAGAGAGCACCACAUUGAUCCAACAUCAAUAACCCGUCACGACUUCAUUGAAACUAAUGGUGACAACUUUAUGGUUACAGUUCCUUCUCUGGCAUACAUGAGCUAUCAGUUCUUUUCCUAUUCAGUUGACAAAAUUCAGGAGCUCUACAACUGGAACUGUUAUCUUUUUCUACUAGCUUUAUUUAUUGCUUUGACUAACCAGAUUCAUAAGUGGUCCCACACUUAUUUUGGACUUCCACGUUGGGUGAUUCUGCUGCAAACUUUCCAUAUUGUACUCCCUCAACGUCACCACCGUAUCCACCACGUGGCACCUCACGAGACCUAUUUCUGUAUCACAACCGGUUGGCUGAAUUAUCCCCUCGAGAAGUUGCACUUCUGGGAAACUUGUGAGAAGUUAAUUGAAGCUGUGACUGGCUGCAAACCCAGAACAGAUGACAUGAAAUGGGCUCAAAAACGUGAAUGAAACGUGAAAUAAGUCGGUGCAGAAGGAUUAAAAAUCUUGAAAAUGUAAUAAAAUUUGUGCACACUAACACGUCUUUGUAAUGCCCAAUUUGAUAUUAAGAUAAAGCAUGUUGAUCUGAACAGAAGGCCUGGAAGAGAUUGGGCAAAAAAAAAAAAAUUAACUUGUAUAUUUGUGGUAGGCUUUGGUGUUGUGUGUAUGUAAUUAUAAAUUUUAUAUUCUAAUUGGUAUUAAAAGUAAUUUUUGUAAAAGAAGUCAAGGAAAGCUUAUAUGAACAAAUUAAGUAUUUAUACUUUUUUUGUAAUAUCAGUUUAAGAUAAAGCGUUUUUAAAUGAACAACUUACUUGAUAUUUAAUAAAUUUCUUUGUUACGCGUGAUUAAAAAUUUAUUUUUGUGAGAUAGAUCCUGUUUCCAGAGAAAUUAGUUAUAAGAAUAACUUAAUUAUUGGAAAAGUUAUAUGAAGCUGAUUGGUUGUGCGAGAAAAUUAAUUUGUAAUUAUUUUAUAUCGAAAUGAAACUAUUACAUUUCUUAUCAUGCCAGUUGUUUUAAGAUGGCCAUCCACCCUAAUUUAAGAUGAUUUUUCUCUUUGUUAUUAUGUGCAUGAAAGGGUUUGUAUAAUUGAAUGACUUAUUUCAAGAAAAGUCAGCAGGCCUCCCAUUGCAGCCCUUAAAUCUGAAGGAUAAACCUCCUAUUUUGAAACCAAAACGUUAUUGUUUGUAACUCUAAAAUCCAGGGUUCAAUUUGUAAUGGUAGCCACAGUGCAUAUAGCCCACUUUGUAGCUCCGUGCUAAAAGAAAAGCUGCAAAAUAUUUGACACUUUAGUCAUAAUAUCAUCGAAUACAAUUUUGCAACAUUUUUUUUUUGUGUGUGUGAGGGAUAAUUUGGAUUUCAUUAUCAGAACUUGCAUGGUAAAAAUCUCUGUCAUCACACACAAAGUAAUGGAUUUAGUAACGAGAAAUUUACCUUUAUUGUAUGUCAACUUUAAGCUGUAUAUAUAUAUAUAUAUAUAACUAUAUUAUAGUUUAUGAAACCACAAUUUGCUCUAAAUUUUUAGGAAGAGGUACCUUUAAAAAUUAUUUUUUUUAAUAGUCUGCUGGGAGGCCUGGUCAGAUUUUAUUUCACUAAGUCAUUAUGAUUAUUGGACUGUCGUUGCAAGUACGGAGUGGCCCAGAAAAACCCUGAACUGAACUAAAUCGAUCCUUUGUGUGAACAUUUAUAAGUAACGUGCAAGCUACUUCUACAAACUUGCUGUGAUUUUGUUUUAGUUUAUUUUCACCAAUAUAAUAGAAGAAAACUAAUCUUGUAUGUUCUUUUGUGAAUCUCCACGUAAUCUUUCCAGUGGCAACAUUGAAGAAUGAAUACAGAACAAAACGUUUUUUUUGGUUGGCUAAAGCUUAGAUGUUUUUGAUUUCUGUAGUCUAUAACAGAAUAAUGCAGUAGAUUAAAGAAUGUAAUUAGGUA